AACCCUUCAUCGUACCUCUAACUAGUGGAUCAAUUCUGGGAUGAAAUUGGACGUUACCAAACAGUUUUCCACACGCCUGCUUCGUGUCAAGGGGAUCGACUUCCAUCCUUCGGAACCAUGGAUCUUGACGACCCUUUAUGACGGGAAAAUCGAGAUUUGGUCAUAUGCCACCAACACUCUUGUCAAGUCCAUUCAAGUGACCAACUUGCCUGUACGUACCGGUAAGUUUAUUGCCCGUAAGAACUGGAUUGUUGUGGGGUCUGACGACUAUCAAGUGCGUGUGUACAACUACUCCACUGGUGAAAAAGUUGCUCAAUUCGAGGCUCAUCCAGAUUAUAUUCGUGGUAUUGCUGUCCAUCCACUGAAACCAUACGUUCUUACCUGUUCUGAUGAUCUCACCAUCAAGCUCUGGAAUUGGGAUCAAAACUGGAGGUUGGAACAAGUGUUUGAAGGCCAUCAACAUUAUGUUAUGGCGGUUAACUUCAACCCUAAGGAUCCAAGUACAUUUGCCUCUGCUUGUUUGGAUCGUACCGUCAAGGUUUGGUCCUUGGGUCUGUCUCAACCUAACUUCACCUUGGUUGCCCAUGCCCAAAAGAAGGGGGUCAACUGGGUCGAUUACUACCCACAAGCUGAUAAACCAUACAUGAUUACCACUUCUGAUGAUAAAACUAUUAAGGUUUGGGAUUAUCAAACUAAAUCUUGUGUCGCCACUUUAGAAGGUCACAUGGCUAAUGUUUCAUUUGCCAUUUUCCAUCCUGAAUUACCAAUCAUUUUAUCUGGUUCUGAAGAUGGUACUGUUAAGUUUUGGAACUCCAACACUUUUAAAUUGGAAAAAUCUGUCAAUUAUGGCUUGGCUAGAGUAUGGUGUGUUGGUCUUUUGCUGAAAUCUAAUGUGGUUGCAGUUGGUUGUGACUCUGGGUUUGCCAUCUUGAAAUUGGGUAAUGAAGAACCAUUGUUCUCUAUGGAUUCAAACAAUAAAUUGAUUUAUGGUAAAAAUUCUGAAAUAUUUCAACUGGUUAUAAAACCAAACUCUACUGAAGGUUUGAAAGAUGGUGAACAAUUACAAUUACAACAAAGAGAUUUGGGACUGAUUGAAAUCUAUCCACAAUCUUUAAGACAUUCUCCAAAUGGUCGUUAUGCUACCGUUUGUGGUGAUGGUGAAUACAUUGUAUACACCGCCUUGUCAUGGAGAUCCAAGAGUUAUGGCCGUGCCUUGGACUUUGUUUGGAACACUCAUGAUUUCUCAAACGCAUGUUCUUUUGCCAUUAGAGAAUCCUCCACUUCUGUCAAAAUCCUUAAAAACUUUGAAGAACAACAUACCAUUGAUUUAAUUUAUCAAGCCGAUAAGAUCUUUGCUGGUGCUCUCUUGGGUAUCAAGCUGGAAGGUUGUAUUUCCUUUUACGAUUGGACUCAUGGUAAACUUGUAAGAAGAGUUGAUUUGGAUGAUGAUAUCCAAGAUGUUAUUUGGUCUGAUAACGGUGAACUUUUAGCCAUUUUAACUUCUUCUGGCUCAUCAUCCGCUGCCAAUGGUGAAUCCUCAUUAGUAGCAAAGAAAAAUGAUGAAACUUAUUUCUUGAGUUAUGAUCAAAACAUUUUCGAAGAUGCUCUUGCACAAGGUACCGUUGAUGUAGAAGAAGGAGUUGAAGAUACCUUUGACGUCUUAUACACUCUUCCUACCACAGAAGCUAUCUUAUCUGGUAAGUUCAUUGGUGAUGUAUUUGUUUACACCACAGCCACUUCAAACCGUUUGAACUAUUUUGUUGGUGGAGAAGUUAUUAAUUUGGGGCAUUUCGAUCAUAAGUAUUACAUUGUUGGGUACCGUGCUGGUCAAGAUGGUAAAUUAUACUUGAUUGAUAAACUGUUCAACGUUGUUUCAUGGUUUGUUAACGCUGAAGUUUUGGAAUUACAAACUUUAGUCAUGCGUGGAGAUCUUGAACAAUUCGCUACAAAGGAACUUUUGGAUGAAGAAACUGGAGAACAAGUACCAGAUUUAGGAUCUAUUCUGAUUGAAUCUUUAUCAGAAGAAUAUUCCAAACAACUUUCAGGAUUCAGCAAGACAGAAUCCAAUCAAUUAUCUAGAUUCUUUGAAAAAUUGGGAUAUUUGUCAUUAUCUUACUCAUUAUCACAAGACUUUGACUCAAAGUUCCAAAUAUCUCUUUCUACAAACAAUUUGAAACAAGCAUAUGAACUUCUUUCUGAAAAUCAAAAGGAUAAUGCGUCUUUGGCAGUAGCCAAUGCAGUCAAGUGGAAGAAAUUGGCCACUUUGGCUAUGGCCAAAUGGCAAAUCAAGUUGGCACAAGAUUGCUACUGGUUAGCUAAUGACUAUGCGUCCUUGUUGUUGUUAUUAUCAUCCACCAACAAUCAAACUGAAUUGACUAAAUUGGCAGAAGCUAGUGAAGCCAAGGGUAAAUAUAACAUAGCAUGGCAAGCAUGGUGGUUGACAGGAAAUACCGAUAAGUGCUUUGACUUGUUGGUAAAGAGUGACAGAUUAACUGAAGCUGCCUUCUUUGGUGUUAACUACGGUGCUGACAAGGCCAAAUCAAUUGAAGCAGUUAAGGCCUGGAAGGCUAAAUUGGUCUCCAAGAAGAAGUCGGCCGUUGCAGACAGAUUGAUUGAACAAUUUGAAGGUUUGCAACUUAAUGGCUCUGCUGAAGAACAAUUGAUUGAUCUUCACGAAACCCCAAUAGAGAAGAAGGAAGAAGAAGAAGAAGAAGCAACCACAACGGUCGAGGAAGAAGAAAAAGAAGUAGAACAAGAAGAAACUGAGAAAAUAGUUGAAGAAGACGCUUAGAAGUAUGUUGUAAAAAUCUGCAAUAGAUUCGUGCAUUCUGUUAUUAUGUAUCGUAUGUACAUAUGAGUUCCAAAUAAAAUAUUACAUGGUAGUUUUUUAUAGUAGAA